GAUGAAGACGCUCCAGACGCGCUCCCCAGGCUCCCUGGUGCCCCUGGGGCCCCUGGUGCCCACCCCAGACCCCCCCGGCCCCCCAGGCUCCCCGGGGCCCCAGGGCCGCCGCCACACCCUCCCCGCCAGCGAGUUCCGGCCGCUGAGCCCCGAGGACGCGGUGAGCGUGUUUGAGAUCGAGAGGGAAGCCUUCAUCUCGGUAUCCGGUCAGGUUCCCCUCCGGCUGGACGAGGUUCGUCACUUCCUGUCUGAGUGUCCGGAUCUUUCCCUGGGCUGGUUCCAGGAGGGGAGACUGGUGGCCUUCAUCAUCGGCUCGCUGUGGGACCAGGACCGCCUCACCCCGGACGCCCUGACGCUGCACCGGCCCCGCGGGGCCACCGUGCACAUCCACGUGCUGGCCGUGCACCGCGGCUGCCGCCAGCAGGGCAAGGGCCCGCUGCUGCUGCUGCGCUACCUGCAGACGCUGCGCGGCCGGCCCGCCGUGCGCCGCGCGCUGCUCAUGUGCCAGGACUUCCUGGUGCCCUUCUACCAGCGGGCCGGGUUCCGGGCCCGGGGCCCCAGCCAGGUCACCGUGGGGCCCCUGAGCUUCGUGGAGAUGAGCCUGUCCGUCCGGGGACACGCCUUCAUGCGCCGCAACAGCGGCUGCUGAUGGAGGGAACUCUGGGGUCUGAGGGCCGUCUGGGACGCCACGCCGGCGGCCGGGGCCCCGGGGGGUGCCGGGGCCCCGGGGGGUCCCUGGACUCCCGGUCCAGACCUGCAGCUGUCCGGACCGGAUCAGACCAGAAGAGACUGGACCUCAGAACUGGUUUUACAGGUCCAGGUCUUCAGACGUCCUGCUGCCUCGUCCUUCACCUCCUCCUUCUUCUUCUUCUUCUCUAAAACCAGUGGAACAUUUUAACCCUUGUGCUGUCUUUGGGUCAAGGGAGGGUGAAGGGAGAAAAGAAGGAAGAAGGAAAGAAGGAAGGAAGGAAGGAAGGAAGGAAGGAAGGGAGAAAAUAUGGAAGGAAGGAAGGAAGGAAAUAUGGAAGGAAGGAAGGAAGGAAGGGAGGGAGAAAGGAAGGAAAUAUGGAAGGAAGGAAGGAAGGAAGGAAGGAAGGAAGAAAAGAUGGAAGGAAGGAAGGAAGAAAAUA